AGCAAGAUACUCGCGAGUCUUGAACGACUCAUAUAUAUGACUUGCACAUUUGCACAGUCCGGUCAGAAGGUGGCGGUGAUGCGCAGCAAAAGUUGAUAGAAGAAGAAGAAGAGGAGGAGAAGACGGAAGACUAUUAGAGUGUUGACACAUUUUAAGAUGAGAUGUGCGAAAUAAAGCGCGCGGAAUGUGGGACCCCCAGAGUGGCUUGCAGGACAUUCACCUUUGAAGACAGCGGGAAAGACGCGCAGGAGCGACUGAGUGUGUUCAUACCGGAGGUGGUGGAUGCCCAGUACGGCACGUACGUGUGGCCCAGUGCGGUGGUGCUGGCUCAGUAUGUGUGGAGCAGAAGACUGGACCUGAAGGAGCAGACGGUGUUGGAGCUGGGUGCAGGAGUCAGUCUUCCAGGUGUGGUGGCGGCCAAGUGCGGUGCAAAGAUCAUCCUGUCUGACGAUGCCAACACAUUGCUAUGGCAACACACCUGCAAACGCAGCUGCGAUGCCAACAACCUGCAUGAGGUGCUCACUCUGCCUCUCACCUGGGGGGACAUCUCAUCACACCUGGCCCUGCUUGCACCGCUCCACCUCAUCUUGGGAUCUGAUGUUUUCUACGAGCCUGCAGAUUUUGAAGACAUCCUGGUCACAGUUGUUUUUCUCCUGCAAAAGAACCCCACAGCUGAGUUUUGGAUGACUUAUCAGGACCGAAGUGCUGACUGGACCAUUGAGGCCUUGCUGCACAAGUGGAAACUGACAUGUGUCCACGUUGAUCUGGAAUCUUUUGAUGCCAACAAGUGUGAGCUGGCAGGAUCAAGUCUACCAGGGAACCACAACAUUCAAAUGAUCCUGAUCCGGCUCUGCACAGACCAGGAGAUGUGAACCAUGGUCGUGUUCCUCGUUCCACUCCAUCCCGGCUGGUCUCUCAAGCCCACAGGAGUUCACAGAGACGUCCACAGUUGACGGACAGUAAAGCUGUCAAAUACUUCAAACUGCACAUUGUUUCAAAUGGGAGAACUAUGACCUCAACCCUGUGACUAUUGUCAAUAAAGAGUAUUGAUAGAG